AUGCCUCUAAGCCAUGACUCAAAUGUAGAAGGGCUUGACGGUGAGCACCGCCAUGCCUUGUCACAGGCCCUUGGCAACGUUCUGGCUACCGACGCAGCAUGGGUCACAUUUGCUCAGAUCAUUGACGGUCUUCCUAUCUGUGACAUAGCAUGGGACACACGAGGGACCAAGCUGACGCCACAACACCCCAUCAACUCUCAUGUCGAGCUCUGUCCGGGGGCGAGAGACAUGGCUGAAGAGUUUCGAGAUGAUUUCAAGUUAGAAGCUCUUGUCUUCAAGCCCGAGCUGUUGCCAUCUUUUCAAUCGUCGUCAACGUCGAGUCGCGGCUUUGCCCUUCGCCUGCUCGAGCUUACGUCCUCGGCGGUUCAUCAGAUCGCCGUUCUCUUGUUCCAGCUCAACCUACGCUUGCAUGAUCGCACAACUACGGACAAUCUUGACGUAGAUGAGGCCACAUCAUGGGAGCGUCCACCUGAUAUGUGGGCCCGCGUAGUUCCUCAUCCCACACUGUUCACGCAGUCGCACUUCGUCGCCCAUGAACAGUACCCAGACGGCAUCGCAGACAUGGUAGGAUAUUGGGCCGAGGACCGAAUCCUUGGAGGAGUCAUCCUUUUCGACCACUCGUCUCCGUGGAAUGAGCAAGAUAUAGAGCCGAAUGCUUAUAUUUUUUAUGGGAGAGACAAGAUUACGUAUCGAAUUUGCCAGCUCCUCGACGAUCAGCAAAGCCGGCUUAUCGAAUUCCUUCGGGCGAGGGAAAAGCAUCCAGAGGAACAAAGGGAAAGGCCCAACGGAACACUUCCAAUUCUCCCCUCUUCUGAUAACAGAACGCGAAUCGAUCAAGGCGACGCCAUUCCGGUCCACAAAGUGUACAGAGAUAGUUGGGAGAGGGCACCGCCCCAGAAGCCGCGGCUUCGAAUACAGCAGUACAUGGACCGCUGGGUGUUGAACGAGCUGGACUAUCCCGAACUGAACUUUGAUGAGCAAAUGGAGCGGUUCAACAGAUUGAGCAGUCAACCCAAGGACGAAUGA